AUGGGAAACCCACAUAUUGUAGUCGUACCUUAUCCAGCACAAGGUCAUGUGAUUCCCUUCAUGGAACUCUCACAAUGCCUAGCAAAACAAGGAUUCAAAAUCACAUUUGUGAACACAGAGUACAAUCACAAUAGGGUCUUGAAAGCGUUGGGGGAGAACAGUAUUGGGGGCGAAAUUAGUCUUGUUUCACUCCCGGAUGGGCUAGAACCUAGUGGGGAUAGAAAUGAUCUAGGAAAGUUAUCUAAAUCUAUUUUUCAGGUCAUGCCAGGGAAGCUAGAAGAGCUCAUUGAUCGGAUCAAUAUGUCUGAAGAAGAAAAUGUCACCUGUAUAAUUACUGAUUGGAGCAUGGGAUGGGCUCUAGAAGUCGCAGAAAAGAUGAAAAUUCGACGUUCUAUCUAUUGGCCUGCUGCAGCUGCACUGCUAUGCUCAUUGAUUUGUAUUCCAAAGCUACUAAGUGAUGGAGUCAUUGACGGCAAUGGAACGCCGCUAAAGAACCGGAAGAUUCACUUGACACCAACAAUGCCUGAAAUGGACACUGCAAAUUUUGUAUGGGCCUGCCUUGGUGGCUUUACCGCACAGAAAAUUAUAUUUGAUCUCAUGGUUAAAACCAACGAGACCGCAAAAACGGUAGACAGGAUAAUAUCUAACUCGGCUUAUGACCUUGAGCCUGGAGCUUUUUCUUUCGCUCCAAACAUUCUACCCAUAGGACCACUUCUGGCAAGCAACUGGCUAGGAGAUCAACGGGGAUACUUCUGGCCAGAAGACUCAACAUGCUUGAAAUGGCUAGACCAGCAGCCGCCCAUGUCAGUUGUUUACGUUGCAUUUGGUAGCUUUACUGUCUUUGACAAAACACAAUUCCAAGAAUUAGCUCUAGGUCUUGAACUAUCCAAUAGGCCAUUCUUGUGGGUUGUCAGGCCAGAUAUUACCACUGAGACCAACGACGCAUAUCCAGAAGGAUUUCAAGAGAGAGUAGCCACCCGUGGGCGGAUGAUUGGCUGGGCUCCUCAACAGAAAGUCCUUAGUCACCCUUCUAUUUCCUGCUUCUUGAGCCACUGUGGUUGGAACUCCACCAUGGAGGGUCUAAGCAAUGGGGUCCCUUUCUUGUGCUGGCCAUACUUUGCUGACCAAUUCCUUAAUGAGACCUACAUUUGUGAUGUUUGGAAGGUGGGAUUGAAGAUUGACAAAAACAACAGCGGGAUCAUCACAGGGGAAGAAAUAAAGAACAAGGUGGAGACAGUUGUCGGUGAUGAAAAUUUUAGAACAAGAGCUGCAGAACUCAAAAGAUUGGCCAAGCAGAAUGUUGGAGAAGCUGGUUAUUCUAGUGAGAAUUUCAAGAAUUUCAUUGAAUGGAUUAAGUCAUGA